CCAGCAAUGGUGGAGGAAAACGAUGACGAAAAAGCAGAAAACGGCUUAUCUGAAAUAUCCAGUGUGGAUAAGGGAACAAGCAUAAAUCACGUUGAGAUAAAAUUCGAUACAAAACCGGAGAGAUGAAAACAAACGGCGCCGAUCCCGGAUAUAUGUAUAAAAUUAAUGGUGACGCCAAUCAAACUGAAAACACUACCACUCCAUAUUCGGGAAUUUGCUCAAGAUUAAUUCUGUCAUUUUCCGUGUGGACCAAUGUAAAGAAGUUACUGAAUACCGACGACAAACCAGACACCAUUGGAGCUAUAAAUGGAAUCCGCUUCUUCAGCAUGAGCUGGGUUAUUUUAGCUCAAACUUUCAGCAGCGCCCUGGAUUCCAACGUUUUUACGAACCAAUGGUCGGGCAAGACUCAGAUGUUUGAGCGUCACAGUUUUAUGGCAGUGUCCAAUGGAUUUUUGUCAGUGGAUUCAUUGUUUGCUAUGACCGGGAUUUUGGUCUCCUACUUUUUUAUGAAGGAGAUGAAGAGAGAGAAAGGUUGCAUAAACUGGUUCAAAUUCUACUUCCAUAGGUUCUGGAGGUUGACACCACCCUACAUGCUGGUUAUGAUGGUGGAUAUUGCACUGUUCCGUUAUCUUGGCGAUGGACCUAUGUGGUCACCAGACGGAAUCGAGACUAAUUUCUGUAAAGACACUUGGUGGACAAACCCUCUAUAUAUAAACAAUUUCGUCAAAAGUGAAAACAGAUGUUUUAGCUGGUCUUGGUAUUUGACAAAUGACAUGCAGUUCUACGUCCUCAGUCCAAUUCUGCUUGUCCCUCUGUACUUCUCCAAGAAGAUUGGAGGAUUUAUCGCCGCGAUAUUUCUGGUUGGUGUAACAGGAGCAUCAGCUUAUAUUUCAUACGCAAAUGACCUCCCAUUGUCCCGGUAUUCGUCAGAUUUAGCACAAAACACUGAAGAUUAUUUCGAGAUGUAUUACAUUAAACCGUACUGUCGGAUGGGCCCGUAUAUCGUCGGUGUAAUUUUUGGUUAUGCCCUAUACAGAUCUGGAGGCAAAUACAAAAUUAAUCUGGUUUUCAGCCGUUUUAUCUGGAUUUUGAUGUCGGCGCUUGCCUGUGUUAUGGUGUAUGCUAUUUACCCCGAGAUGAGUGGUAGUUCUGCGAGUGCUGGAGUGACUUCCCUCUAUAACGCUGUUCACAAGACCUUGUGGGGAGUCUGCGUCUGUUGGGUUGUGUUUGCAUGCGUAACCAGAAAUGGAGGAUUUGUGAACUCCUUUCUAUCCUGGGGAGUGUUUGUCCCGCUAAGGCGUCUAACGUACUGUGCCUACCUCGUCCACCCGCUGGUCAUUGCGUCGUAUUACCAAUCACAUAGACAAGGCUUCUACAUGACAGACUUCAAUAUAAUCUAUCUGUUCCUGGGACACUUGACCUUGACCUACAUGGUGGCUUGUGUGAUUUACCUCGCAUUCCAGGCCCCUCUGAUAGGACUUGAGAGAGCUAUCAUGAGGAGAGACAAGGAGGAGGAAAUGGAGGAAAAGUAGUUGCUGAAAGGAAUCAUGUCUUUACUAUAAAUAUUACACAGCUUCUAUAUCAAGAUCUCUCAGUAGAUGUUUCGUUGCGGUUUUGUUAUAUACAUUUAUGAUAUCUCUUUAGCUCAAUAUCUACCGCCGUCCAUAUUUAUGUAGAAUGUUUAAAUGUAUCAUUGUCCUAUGGAAAAGUUGAUAAUAUAUUUAUAUCUCUUUUAUUCAGACGAUAUUAUAUUCUUAGCAAUAUAUAUAUAAACAUCAUUAUAAUGAGCUUCCGAUAACUGCACGAUCUAAAAGUCUUACUUCAUGAAUGAAUGAACAAUGUACAUAUCUACAAGUAUUAAAGGAAUUGUCAAGAAUUGUUGACAUGUCACGUUGUAUAAUGGAACAGCGACGUUUAAUUGUUUUACUACCUAUAUCAAGGACACCAAUGCCAUCUGACGCUAAAACUUGACUGCGCCACAAUAAAUUUGUUUAAAGUUUAUAUUUACAUAACCUGUUAUGUGUCGAUAUUACACUUUAUCGUGAUGAAUAUAAUGUUCAUGCAUCAUCGCUUCAAGAUCCAAACCAAUAAAGAUAUCAUUCAUAUAGUAUUGGGAAUAUAAAAUUGGGUUAAUUCGUAUAAAACCUACAUAUCAAGUGCGGUUUAAUUCAAAUUCUGAAUAUAUGAAUAUAUUUAUGAAUAUGUGUAGAGAUUAUAUACAUGAAAUAGGGUAUAAGUGGUUUAUAUGCUUACUUUUAGCAUUAUAGAAUUGGCAUUACAUUUUUCAUUCAUUCUAUCAAAUACAUGCGAGGUGGUUUACGAUAAACCAAUUAAAUCAUCUGAAUACGUCAUGUAUCCCUGGUAUAUGUCACUGGUAUUGUUGCGUUCUCCGUCCUCAUUUGGGCCACUUACACAUCAUGCGAUUGGUGUUAAUGUCAUAUUUUCAGGAAUAAUUCUCUGAUGUCAUAUUUCUUGUGGUUAUUCUGAUACAAAAGAACAUAAUCUGGUUAUCUUUGUGAGCUUAUGACAUCAUAUACACGAAAUGGUUUAUUGACGUCUAUGAAUAAUAAAUCGGUAGAAAUAUUUUG